ACCGCCGGACACGUCGCGUCGCCGCCGCCGUUGUCGCCCGCCAACCAUCGGAUCAUCAACCACCCAGCAUCCACCAUUCGCCAUCCAUCAUCAACCAUCACCCGUCAUCUACCAGCCCCGCCAUCAUGGCAUCAGUAGUCCGCUCCACAGCGCUCCGCGCUGGAGGCGCCUGUGUGCGCUGCCGCAAGGGCAAGACCAAGUGCGUCUACGAGAACGGCAGGGCGCCGUGCAAGAACUGCGCAAAGGGUAUGCAUGAGUGCUAUCUGCCCUCCGAGUCCAUGAGCCACGGCGGCCAUGGAGUGUCGCCAGCCCGAGUUCAGCAGCGCGCUCGCGAAAGUCUGCCUAGUGAGCGCGCCAUCGCCGGCGCCACCAACGAGCGACCAGGCCCUCCUGCCUCGUCCGUUUCGCGUCAUGUCUCAGCUACCAAUGAAAAACUGACACCCGAGUUGAUGCAAGAAUGCGAGCGAGUUAUCUCCAAAACGCUUCCGGCAUGUGUUGCCUUCCACAAGCCGUCUUUUCUUCAGCAAUUGAAGAACACCACUCUUGAUACCACUAUGGUCCAUGCCUUGUUGACAACAGCAGCCCGCCAUUCACCCCUGAUGAUUCGGCGGUAUGGUGGACACACUGGUGGUUCUACUGCGGCCGAACACUUUGCCAGCAAGACCAUCAACCUGGUUAUGCAAUCCCUGGACCAGCCCAGCCUUGCCGACAUCCAGGCCCUUUGCCUGCUGGUCAUCCAUGAAUGGGGCUGCCGUAAUGCAGUCCGGGCCUACAUCUACCUUGGCCAGGCUGCGAGGAUGGCCCAGAUGUAUCGUGUUGUUCAUACCCAUCAUCAGCAGAUCGACCCUGAGCAGUUCCUCCAGGAUGAGUCCCUCCGUAGGACUCUGUGGCUGAUUUACAUCCUCGACUGCUUCCUCACCAGCAGCCCGGGCCGCCACCCUGCUCUGUCGUCUCUGGACGUCAAGGAAGUCUCUCUGCCUUGUCAAGACAUGAACUAUCACUUUGGCAGUCCAGUACUUGUUCGCACCCUCGGUGGCCCUCCACCCGUCUCGACCGAUCCCACCCCUCCGCCCGGCGAAGUUGGCGAGUUCGGUCACAUAGUCCUGGCCACAAAAGCGUGGCGCACUGUCGUGGAGAUGAUGACCACCACCACCCUCGAGACCUUCUCCGAGGAGCAGUGUCUGGCGCUCGAGGACGAAAUCGAGGCCCUCCGUCAAUCUCUGCCGAUGCAUUUUGCCGAUAAGCCAGGCCAAAUCGCACUGCAUAUCACCAUGGGCAGUGGAUACACGUACGCCAUGAUCCACUGCCUGCUGAACUGCGGCACCAUCUUUGUCAACCGCCGCCGCAUCCUGCAGCUGGUCACGGCCGAAGGCUUCAGCCUUGAUGCCUGGAGGAUGUCUUCCCACGCACACCUACAGACCGUUGACCGCAUCUUCGCCGCGUCGCACAGCAUCAUCCACAGCCUGCUGGCUCUUGAGAGCGGCGCCGACAAGGACACGAUCCUCUGCUUCCCAAUUUUCAUGCUCUUCUCCGCCUUCACCGCGGGAUCCACCGUGGCCUAUCUGGCCCUCAAGGGUCUCGCCCCAGCCAACGUCACCGAGUCGGCUUCUUCCAUAGUGCGGGACAGUCUCCGGUUCAUGCACGAUGGUGCCGACUCGUGGCCCCUUGUCGUCCCCUGGCAACGGCAUCUUGCCGUCAUGGCCAAGGUCCUCCGGGAGGUCAACAAUGCUGCUCGCGACCGCGAUUCGCGUGAAGACAGCAGCAAGGCCAACAACCACCAGGCCUCGCCUUCGGUCAAGGAUGAUAUUGCCAGCCAGCCCGACACCAACCCGGAUGUCAUGGACUACGAUCAAUCCCAGCCUGCGGGAUCUCAGGGACCCGUUCCGCAGCCCGAGGGCCGGGAGAGUGAGCCACCCAUCCCGAGGCGGCCGGGCAUCACCACUAUCAAUGGAGGAUCUGCGGGGGCGUCGACGCCGGCCACUAUCAGCCCGCCUCCCGGCCCCCCGAUCAAGACGGACUCUCCGGAGCCCAAUUCCUCGGCGUCUGCCUCCGGCGGCCCGCCCCCUCCGAUUUCCAACCCUCCCGGCCCAGAUGUCGACAUGACGGCGAUCGAGCUCUGCGCUGCAUUCGAGCGGCAGCUGCUGGAGCUCGACGACCUCGCAGCAUUCAUGGGCGGCGGAGUGUAAGUUGCCUUCACACCAAGACGUAGGAGCAUGCCGGCGCUUCUUUCGUUCUAAUCACAUGUAUGGUUAGUGCCCCCAACUAGCCGGGCAUCACGCUGGC